AUGAUUGAUACCACGGAUCAACACGGUACUACUCCCAUCAGGAGCGCGGAAGCGACCCCAUCUUCUAUAAACAGAGAUCAGCCUCUUCCUUCGGUCGAGUUUACCUUCUCCUGCAGCCCAUCGUCUCCCGAAUGCCUGACCCCGAAUUCGUCCGUCGACGGCCUCAACUCAGCUAUCCCAGAGGGUCGCCGAUCCUCUAUGACGCCAACCACGCGGCUGCUCUUUGAAGAUCUCCAUCUGAGCGAUAGCAUCUCUCCUGCAGCCCAACAACCCCCAAUAAAUCAAUCAAGCACAGUUCAUAACGAUUCUGGCUUAACACCUACGCGCAGCGCCCAUCGUACAACCUACCGGGAUCUGCACAAUUCUACCCCUAGCCCUAUAGGUCCCUCUUAUGUACGACCAAGCCAACAACGGUCACCUACACCAACCUCGCCCUCGGGAGAUGUCAGCUCUCAUUUCCGGAAUCUAAAUCUGGGAGACGCAGAUAGUUAUGCUUCUGAUUCCGACAGGAGCUCUAUACUCGACACUGAGGGGGAUGCAGCGGAAGAAGAAGAUGAGGAUGCCUACAACAUUCGUCAUGAGUCUCUUCCCCAGGAGCCUAUCUAUGAUAUUCGACUUCAGAAUGCGCUGCGAGAUGUCAGGAGUGAACUAACGAGUCUUACACAAAUAAUGAGCGGUAACGCCCUUGCCCAUGACAAUACUAGUGACUUGUCCAAGCUUUAUGAGAAGACACGUGAAGCAAGUCGAUUCGCUUAUCCAGCGACACGCACGGUAGGCUUCAUCGGCGACUCGGGUGUUGGGAAGAGCAGUUUAAUAAAUUCACUUCUAGAUCAAGAGAGCUUGGCUCGGUCGAGCGGAGACGGCGCUGCCUGCACCACUGUCGUUACCGAAUUCCGGAGUGUAAAUGAUACCUAUCCAGAAAACUAUACCGUUGUUGCAGAUUUCAUGGACAAUGACGAGAUCUGUGAGCUCCUCGAGGAGCUUUUAUCCAGUGUUCGGAAAUACUACACGGAAGCCUUCCGUGAAGUGAGAACGUCGGAAGAGCAGGAGAAUAUCAAAGUUGCGGCCAAAAGAGCCUGGGACACCUUGAAAUCCCUCUUUCCUCAUGAGCGGGACCUGGACAUUGAUUUCCUUGCCCAGGAAGGAGACGAGGCCGUCGCUACAAUCAUGAGGACCUUGCUGGAGUGGGCCAUGGCGGGUUUAGAUACCCGACCAGGUGGGCGUGAUAACCUACAGUAUACGGUUGUGUCUCACCAUGCGGAUCAAUGCAUGGAGCAUCUUGACAGACUGAUGGCCAAUGAUGAUGACGGUGAUAACCCUGCUUUGUGGCCGUUUGUGAAGUUGGUCAGGGUCUAUUUGCGCUCGCCCGUUCUACGCACGGGUUUAGUUUUGGCCGACCUCCCAGGUACCAGUACAAUGUUCAGGAUUUCGCGACUUAAACUACGCUCGGGUGCGAGCGACAGAAUGGUACCUACGCCACAGCUGCGACGAGGUGUUUAUUGUGACAUGAAAGUGACCACUGAAAUACAGGACGUCAAUUCAGAAGAGACGGCACGUACCGCUCCUGCAGCAGAUGCUGUACGUAUCCGGAAUAUGAACAACCAAAUCCGGCAGCUGGAUCGCAGGAUCGUGCAGACAGGUACUCGCAGACGAAAAGCGCACGGAAGUAGGAUGCAGAGUCUCGCUGCAGAGGAAAGUAACCUCAGGGAUCAGAAAGAAACCCUUGAGCUUCAAUUGAUGAACUUCCUCGUCAUUCGAAGAAAUACAUCUGUGACCAACUCUUUGUUGCAUGCAUGGGGGGAAAUGGCUCGUAUAUUCUGCGUGAGCAAUAAGCUCUACUCUGACCAUCGAGAGGACGAUCCACGGCAGGCCAAUGGGUAUUUGGCACUCAGUGGUAUCCAAGAACUUCGACGCUACUGUCAAUCAGUGCCGGCAGAUGCGCAGUUCCGAGCCACGGUGUCUUAUCUCCAACACGAAGUACCAGCGCUGCUGGGUUCUAUCACGCAAUGGGCCUUAGCAGGGACUAGCACCGUGACCAUGGCCCGGGCAGAAGUCUUGCGACGGGUCUUGACUGAAGCCGAAAGCAGUCUGAAAGGGAGCACAACUCGUGAUGGCUCGCAGGUACACUCAUUACAGAGUAGCCUCAGGAGGAAAUUUUCCGAAGCCAUUACACAACAAAUUCGCCGAAAUCGAGGUGAUUGGAGGGACGAUGCAGUCGAGGCGAGCUUGGAAUGGGCAAAUUGGCACCACAUGACAUAUGCAGCGUUCUGUCGCAACUACGGAACGUAUGAAACGGCAAAACAACCGCGUCGAUGCUGGAACGAAGAGAUUCUCGGCUCGGGAAUUGACCAGCUAUCUCUGGCGUGGGAUUCCGUGCUCAACUGGCUUGAAGAAGAGGGUAAGAAGCUCGAAGACGAAAUCUCCAGGAUUUUUCAAAGGGUGCAUGAUUCUAUACACGAGCAACGGGAGCUGGCCCCGGAAACCCUAGGAAACUUGCUUCUGAACCUCCGAAUGCGACGGACGUGUAUACUGGACGCUCUUCAAUGCUCCAUAGAACGUCUAAUUGAUGACACUGAAAAUAUCAUGGAUGACACAGUGGGUGGACACGCGAGCUCAUAUAUUGCGGGAGUCAUGCGUCCAGUCUAUAACCUUUGCAUGCAACAAAGUGGAACGGGAAGUGAUUCGCGUCGAAAGCAAAUCAUGAAUCGUCAUCUCAGUUCACGUAGUCUGUUCCAAGACUUUGCUGACAAUAUUGCUCUCGACUAUGAAGAAAUGAUCGACGAAGCAUUUGAACAGUUACAUCAGAAGCUUAGCGAGGAGGUUGCUAAUAUCACCCGAGAUUUACAUGCUACGGUCACUGUGGAGGGAGAAAUCUCUGAAGCUGGAAGGAAUCCCGAAUGUACAGAGAGGGUCGAGCGAGGGGUAGAAAUAUGCCAAAGAGCUUUGGCAAAUGCUCAGACGAUCGUGCAAGGGCUGAGCUGA